ACAAUGUUUUUAGUGAAACAAUCUUGAUUCACAUUCUUCCUAUUGUUCUUCAGCUGAUACCCAUCACGAUGACUCGCUAUUCACUUGACCCAGAAAAUGCGACCAAAUCGGCAAAGGCAAGAGGGUCCCACCUUCGUGUCCACUUCAAGAACACGAGGGAGACAGCUCAGGCUGUGAAGAAGAUGCCCCUAGGCCGUGCUAAACGUUUUCUCAAGAACGUGUGUGAGAAGAAGGAAAUUGUUGUAUUCCGUCGUUUCAACGGUGGUGUCGGUCGUCAUGCACAGGCCAAACAGUUCGGUGCCACCCAAGGUCGGUGGCCCAAGAAGAGUGCCACCUUCCUCCUCCAGCUCCUUAAGAAUGCUGAGAGCAAUGCUGAGUACAAGGGUUUGGAUACUGACCACCUUAUGAUUGAGCACAUCCAAGUGAACCGUGCUCCCCAGAUGCGAAGGAGGACAUACAGAGCUCACGGAAGGAUCAAUCCUUACAUGAGCAGCCCUUGUCACAUUGAAGUGAUCCUAGCUGAGAAAGAACAAGUUGUGUCUAAGCCAGCUGAGGACGAACCAGUUAAGAAGAAAGUAUCACAGAAAAAACUCAAGAGGCAAAAAAUGACCAUGCGAGACUAAUUUAACUGUAAAAUAAAGUGUAAAAAAAUAAAUGAAAAAACUGGAAAA